UGAAAUGAUGUUAUGAUGUUCAAAAUAGAAAAUAUAACCUAGAAAUCUAUUAUUUUGUGGGGAACAGAAUAUUUGUUGUUUACAUAGGCAUUACAAAUCAUAAGUUUAUUUAUUUUUGUUAUAAUCAAUGUUAUUUUAGUAAAAAUGGUUGUUAUAAGGUGGAAGUUUCGAGGGCUAUGCCGAAGACUUAGAGAAUGUGUAGCUUGGAAAAUAUCGCAGGCCGUGUUAAUAUUCCGGUCUCUAACUUACAAUGAACACAUGAACCAAAGCUACGCAAUAGAUUUCUUACUGGAACCUGUAUUUUGGUUUGUUGACAAUUUCGCUCAAUAUCUAGGAAAAGUUUUUAUCUUCUGUGUCACAAUACUGACCAGUGCUGUGGUAGGCGUGGCUUACUGGGUAGGGCUGCCAUACUGGUGGCAAAGAUGUCCCUACACAACAGUCUUUCUAGUCAUAUUUGGCAACUGGCUACUAAUUAAUAUUAUAUUCCAUUACUAUAAAGGAGUAGCUACUGAACCUGGAUACCCCCCACCGACGACUCAUGUUUCUGAAGCAGCUAGUAUAUGUCGACGCUGCAUAUCUCCAAGGCCUCCCCGUACUCAUCACUGCUCUGUUUGUGACCGAUGUAUCUUGGCCAUGGACCACCACUGCCCCUGGCUCAACAACUGCGUGGGCUACUACAAUGCAAGAUUCUUCUAUCUGUACAUGGUGUACAUGGUUAUAGGCGUGACUUUUAUCAUUGUUGCCGGUAUUGACAUUGGAUACAAAGUGCUUUGGCUGAAUGAUACAGGCGGAUUAUUACCAAACAAUGAUCCAGAUCUAAUUGGACACCCUGUGAGACUGAACCAAACUGGUGCAUUAGUACCAGUGAAAGAAAUUGUGGAAUACGAUUCGUUCAACUCUCCCCGCGAACACCAUCUGCCUGUUCCACCCAUCACUGAGGCUCAACGUAUCGCUGCUCAUCCAUGGAAGAGGAAGGCGGUCAUGUUUAUGGCCAUUACCUGUUGCGCAGUAUUGAUCGCACUUGGAACAUUGACCAUCAUUCAUGGAAGAAAUAUAGGCAGAGGAGAGACAAGUAUCGAGGCUCAUAUCAAUGAAAAGCUACGUAAACAUAUAGGUACUCAGUAUAAGAACCCAUAUGAUUUUGGAAAGAGAAAGAAUUGGCGACUCUUCUUGGGACUUACUCAAGGUAGAACAUUCAUACGGCAUGUCUUGCUGCCGUCCGGUCAUCUUCCAACCGGAACAGGGGUUUCUUGGCAUACAGUUGGCAGCCCUUAUGAGGAUUGGCCUUAAACAAUCUACACAUUUGUUGGUGUUGAUUGUCCGAAGUUUACCAAAAUCCAUCGGUUAAUGUGCUUUGAACUCGAGUCAAGAAGAAGGCACAUACGUUCUCCACGAUUGAAAAGCAACUGUGAAAUUGUGAUCAUAGUACUUGUGGCAGUUUGCUAUUUUUCUAAUGAAGUCAUCCGGUUUCUUGUAAGCACUCAGGCCAAAUUAGGACCUAGUGUUUGAUAUUAACAUACAUUAUUCUAUAAUUAUUAUAGGAUUACUUAGAAAAGUAUAUUUGUCGCAACUGUUGUUGAACAGGGAGCAUCGAAUUACUAGGUGGAGCAUUAUUGAAUGAAAAUUUACAAUUUUGAAUGAAAUUAUUUUAUAAUAAAUAUUGCAAGACUAUUAUUAUGGAAUAUGAUUAAAAGUCUCUUAAAAUCUAGAGAUUGUCUAUUAAGCUAUGUUUGUGUACUUUCACUGGUUAGAAAUAAGCAGAAAUAUUUUCUCUUUAAAAUAUAUUUACUACGUUUGCUCUGUUUUGUUUUGUAAAUUAAUCACAAAUGUAUAAUAAUAGUCGUAUAUUUAUUGAAUAACUAAUAAUGAACCAAUCGUUUUUAAUACUUUUCAAAUUAAAACGUGUAAAUGUGGCGUACACAUAACCAAUUUACAAAUUGUGUUUCAUCCCAAUUCAGAUAGAAACUAAAAAUUAAGUACUUCCUUCAGAUAAUAAUUACUCAGUGUGCAAUAUAGGAUUGACUUGAUAUUUAAGUAUUUCCUACAGAAUUGAAUGACUAUAUAACUUAUUUAGUCGUUAGUUGCGAACGUGAGCUACUUAAAUAAUGAUAGUGCGAAAUGUCGCGAUUCUCUUGACGUGGCUGUUUGUUGCCCUCACGAUAUACAAGUCUCUCUUAAAAACUUCUUCAAGAGCUUGACACUUUUAAUAUAAGAGAUACCUUGAACAUACUUACCCGUGGUGCAAGGCAUACAGAGACAGAGGCCAUAUAAGCCAUACUAGUCUGUGAAGCAUUUGUGAGAACUUGUUCAUUGUAUGUCUAUAUUGUCUAAUUCAGUACGGAAUAAAGUAGGCGCCAUUUAUCGACUGAGGCGCCGUAUGUAUGUCAAUUUAUCCUUUUACCAAAAGGAUAUAUAAUAAUAGCAAUAUGCACUUCAAUGUGAUUUUUUGACGCGGUCUUCCAAAUUCGCGUAAAAUUACUUCUUGAAUAAAAUGUAAGAUAUACUAACAAUUUGGUAGUUAGAUUUAUCUUUUAACUUUUAUAGUAAUAAUUUGGAAUGGCCUACCAAAAAUGCGGCUAAUGUUUGUAAAAAUUGUAAAGGAAGAACUAAGACUGAGGUCGUCACUCGAUGACAAGGAAUCAUGUAGACCUAAGUACGUAGACAGACUGCUUUGUAUAGUGCAGAAUGAUAAGUGUUGAUAGAAAUGUUCGCGUUUGUCUGUUAUGUAUUUAUUUAACUGCGAGUUUGGUUGUAACUUCGAUUUAAUACCUCAUGUACAGUAUUUAUACUUAAAACCGAUGGCCGUCUUUAUGUUAAACUUGUAUAGAUAUUUAGAAAUGGACACGUAUUGUUAGUAGUCUAGUGUUUAAGACAGUGUUUCAAUGCAUUUAUAUAUUUACUAUUGUACUUUACAACUGACGCUAAAGACCGAUUAUUCGUUGGUAUUCCUUUAGUGGUCACUCUGAAAGGGCGAAUACAGUUUUAACUAGUCACUAGUGAUUCUUCGUAUUCUUUUCUUAUAUCAUAGUUACAUCAGAUUGACAAUCGUCUAAAUCUCAAAAGGAAAACUCAGAUUGGCUCCUACCCAUUAUCUUCAUGUCCUCUUUCCUUUUUGCUAUGAACCUCAGUGCACGGCUCGCUGACCAUUGACGUAGUCAAGAGUCACUAAGGGGGCUUCUUAAGGAUUGGGAAUAAGAAUGUCAAUAAAGAAUAUUUUAUAGAAAAACCUUAUGCGUAUCUCUAUUUUUUUUCAAAUUAGGAGUCAAAUAAGGCAUUCGACCGGGCAAAACGUAUUGCAUUUCGGAAAUUAAUUUUCUUCUCUCAAAUACUUUUCAAUUGCUUUCUCCGGCACUAUGUGACGUCAGUUAAAAAUUCCGUUUUUGCAUGGUUACAAAUGCCAAAAGGAAUAAACUGAAUUAGAACAUUUCUGCAACCAUUAGCUUUAAUGUAACAGAAACAUAUCCACACACAAACUGUACAAAGAAAAAAAAUGAUCUGAUAACAUGCAUGGUGAACAACUGGAGUUCACAAUAACUAUUGUGCCGUCAGUGACCGACCACCGUCUAUAUGUGGGUCGGUUUUUCUUUAGCGUAUUCGCCACGUUGAUUGCAUUUUGUUGGAAACUUACAAAGGUUGGCAAUAUUGCGAUAUGUCAGGUGCAUGACAUGCCACCCUUAGCAAGUCAAAUCAAUUUAACCAGAUAGUCCUUUGUUUUAUUCUUUGAUGUUGUUUUUCAGAAUUGGUUCUUUAUUACUGAAUGGUUAUCUCAUUCCUGUGAUCACUAAUAACGUUCCUAGUGUCUUAGAAUGCGCAAAUUGCUCUUUAAUAAACGGUCUUUUUGAUAUGUAAUUAAAUCAGAGAAUGUACUUACUAAUCUAUUACUUACUUAUGAUUGUACUUACAUAAGUAAUGUCUAACACAUUUUUGUAAAUGAAUACGAAUAUAGCAAUAUACUAUAGAAAUAUAUUUGUGUGAACAGAUUAUGUCAAAGAAUUAUACGUAUAAAUGAAUGAAUUUGUAGAAAAAAUGAAAUGAUUAAAUGUAGGGUGACUUUGCUCAAGGUGCCUAAACUAUAUUUUUCUUGUUAGUGAUGCAAAUUCUUGAAUCAAUACUGUAGUUGUUGAUGUUAAUUGUAGCUCGAAUGUGUUUCAAGUCGUACAGAUUAUAUAUAUAGUGACAGUAUUAAUGUUGUGACGCGGGCGCAGAGCACCGUCCUUUUCUUUUUGACGAUCGAUCAGCGAAUAAUUCUUCAGAAAAGUGAAUUAUAAAGAUUCUGAAGUUGUCUUGUAUUUAUCAAGUUACUGGUGUCUUUAAGUGAUUUAUGAUUACCAUCAGCUGUAAAGCAUCGGUCUUUUAGUACAUAAUUUAGAGUUAUUAGUUGCAAACGGACAUUCCUACUGAUAUUAUUUACUCAAGUAGGUAUAUUGUGUAAAUUGACGAAAUAGGAAAUUGUUACUUAUUACUGUUUGUUUUAUAUUAAUAUAUUUUACACUAUUACAUUUUA